AUGGGCGAUGAGCAGGAAGCACACGACUUGAUUGAUGAGGAGUACUACGUGUUUUGCAACGAAGGAUAUGAUAACGACAUAUUGGAUGAUGACGAGGAAGCGAGCAUGUCUAGCGCUAAACCUAGCGAGAUUGAUCCAUUUGACACUGUCUACUCAAACAUUCCAGACAACACUCACAUCCUAAAAGUCGACGAAAAUUGCAAACACUGCAAGGCCAGAAAGUUUGAGUCUGAGACUGACGGCUUCUGCUGUCGCAAUGGCCAGAUCCAGCUUAAGCAACCGGAACCAAUCCCAGAGCUUAUGAGGCUAUGGUCCAGCAUGGAUGCAGAUUCUAGACAUUUUCGGGAGAACAUACGGUUCUUCAACGGGCAUUUCGCCUUCACAACCCUUGGUGUCAGCCUUGAUGAAAACUACACUAACAUGAAGUCUGGGGUCUACACAUUCCGAGCACACGGCACCAUCUACCACAAUGUCCAUUCGUUCGGGCCUAGCUCCCGUCCAGAACAUCUGCAGUUGUACUUCUAUGACGACGACCCUAACCUAAAUCAUCGUAAGGCGGCCACCAAGCAAUUAGACCAGGAUGUCAUGAAGAGGUUAGUAGACAUACUCAAAGAAAACCCAUACUCCCAGCAAUUUAGGAGUUUGGGUGCACACAAGGACAACCUCGAUGAUUAUAGGAUAGACCUAAACACCGAUAAGAGGCUUGACCAAAGAAGAUAUAAUAGACCGGUGUCAUCUGAGGUCGCUGCAAUUUGGGUUGAGGGCACUGACCUAGCAAAAAGGUUUGACCGCAGGAUAACACUUUGUGGUAACAACAACGAAAGGCAUAGUAUACGUGUGACCUCAGGGGCAUAUGACCCGUUGUCUUAUCCAUUAUUCUAUCCAAUGGGGGAGCUAGGUUGGCAUCCGAAGCUACCCAAACGUAAUGUUUCUUGGGAGGUUGUACAAAAUCCUCGUUUGUGUCAUGAUGAUGAGGAUGAUGCAGAGGGGAAUAGCAGGUUAUGCGUCUCCGUUAGAGACUACUACUGUUACAUGCUGCAAACACGGCCUGCGAUCUUCAAUCCAAUACUCUGUGGAGCACGCCUACUGCAGCAAUGGGCGGUUGACAUGUACAUCAAGAUUGAGAGCUGUCGGUUGAGGUGGUACAGGAAGAACCAGACGCAGAUCCGUGCCGAUUUGUAUAAAGGAGUUGUUGAUGCGAUCACAUCGGGGGAGACGCGAGCAAGCGCUGUUGGUGUAAGAAUAGUGCUCCCUGGAACUUACCCUGGUGGCGACCGCGACAUGAAGAAGAGACAUAUGGAUGCCAUGGCAAUUGUCCAUACAUACGGGAAGCCUGACAUCUUCUUGACCAUGACUUGCAACCCUAAAUGGGAAGAGAUAACAAAUGAGUUGCUUCCUGGACAGACGGCGCAAGACUGA